AACUGCCUGGCUGGGAGAGCAGCCAGCCUCUGGGGAACCCCGCACCUUGCUACCCCUCUUCCUGACAUCCCUCUGCUGCAGAUCAUCCGCAAAGUAGCCAAGCAGUGUGCCCUCCUAGACGUGGAUGAACCCAUUUCCCAGCUGCACAAGUGCGCAUUCCAGUUCCCAGGUGACACUCCAGGAGGGGGUGGCACCUACUUAUGCCUUGCCACAGAGAAGGUGGUGAAGUUCCAGGCUUCCCUCUGCCCCAAGGAGGCCAACAGGGCGCUGCUCAACGACAGUUCUUGCUGGACCGUCAUUGGCACCGAGUCGGUGGAGUUCUCCUUCAGCACCAGCCUGGCCUGUACCCGGGAACCUGUCACUCCAGUGCCCCUCAUCAGCACGCUGGAGCUGAGCGGCGGAGGUGAUGUGGCCACGCUGGAGCUGCACGGAGAGAAUUUCCACGCUGGACUCAAGGUGUGGUUUGGAGACGUGGAAGCAGAAACUAUGUUCAGAAGCCCGCGGUCCUUGGUGUGCGUGGUGCCAGACGUGGCGGCCUUUGGCAGCGACUGGCGUUGGCUGCGCGCUCCCAUUACGGUGCCGGUGAGCCUACUGCGUGCAGAUGCGCUCUUCUACCCCAGCGCCUUCUCUUUCACCUACACCCCGGAAUACAGCGCGCGGCCGCGGCCGCCCGACGCGCACGAGCCCGCCCCUGAUGCAGAUGCGCUUCUCGAGAGCAUCCACCACGAGUUCACGCGCACCAACUUCCACCUCUUCUGCCCCAGCUAGGCCCCGCCGCCACCUGGCCACCUGCGGUUGACGCCUGCUGCAGUUGUCCCUAGGGAGCAUACUGACUCUUUGCUGUAAAAGGGCAGGAGGGAGGGAGAUUUCUCACGUGUCCUCAGGCCACUCG